AAGUACAUCUUGCCUCAAACAACCAGUGUACCCUUGCAGCUAACGGGAAAAUGCGUCUUCUGUACGGUAUUUACAUUGAUACAACUUGUGAUGCAAAUAACAGUAUCAUUUAUACUGAUUGCCUAGGUUUUAUUCGGGUUCUCAUUUGGGGAGGGUCUUCAUUCUGCGGGAAGAUGAUAUAGGCGAAGAGCAUUAACGUUUGUUGUGUUGGCAUUUCGCGGGGUAAUCAUUUUAUAGUUUUAUUGCUUGAUCGCUGAUACGUGCAGGAUGUCGGGCAUCAAACAGUAGGAAACAAUCUUUAUCAGCGAACGAGAGCAACGUGUCACUCAUUAUCGGACACAGCGUACGGGAUGGUAUACUGUGUACCUUUGUACGUAGUGAUGGGUUCUGUUGGAAUAACACACACCUUCGAGCAUACAACAUAUCUAAGGAGGCUGGUUAGCAUGUUGCCUCCCCUCCUUCGCUGUAACCUUCCUUGUGUAUAUAAGACUGGGGCAUCUGUACGAGAAUUCUCACCGGAUUUUUCUGUUGGCUUGUGAGCUUUGUGGUGAUCAGCAGCUGUUCGAACAUUGCUGCACGAACAAUUGGUGAUCCAUCAAGCCGGCGCUCGUUUGUUUAUCGGCGGCAUUUCCUUCGAAUAUCCAUUAAGUGUAGCUAAGCCGGGUUAUUUUUCCACGAUGAUCCAGGGGUACGGAUCGGUCACACAAGCCCUACUGGGCACGCUGCUAACAUGGGGCCUAACAGCCCUUGGAUCGGGAUUGGUGGUGCUGCUCCGGGGCAAUCAACGGAAAUCAUUGGACAUUUCGCUUGGUUUCGCGGCCGGAGUCAUGAUCGCGGCAUCUUUCUGGUCAUUACUGGCUCCGGCAAUAGAGCUAGCGGAAAGCUCACAUAUGUAUGGAAGCAAAGGAGAGUUUGCCUUUAUCCCCGUGGCUGUGGGAUUUUUGUUGGGCGCUAUUUUUGUGUAUGGCACCGAUAAAAUCAUCUCGUACUUGGGAAUCAACAGUCCGACAAUGAUGAUUGCAUUGACUCACGCAAACAAAGACAAGGCCGACAUUGCUAUGGACGAUCAAGUCUCUGCUGAACAUGGCAGAAGUUCGUACGCUGGAGUGGCCCCAAAUUCGACAGAUCAUGCGUUGGCCAUUGGGAUGGACAGUUUUGCGGAUUGUCUAAACGCACAGCAUGGCAGCGUCUCUCGCAAGCGCAGGAAAGGAAGUUCUACGGUAUCGGUCAAGGAACAGUCAGUGUAUACAAACAAUAGCCAAAGUCAGCUGGACGCACAAUUAUCCCAGUGGAAGCGAAUCAUGCUGCUUGUGGUGGCCAUUACCGUGCACAACAUACCGGAAGGUUUGGCCGUGGGCGUCAGUUUCGGAGCAAUUGGUACGACAGAAUCAGCCACAUUCGAGGCAGCACGGAACCUUGCCAUCGGCAUAGGUAUACAGAAUUUUCCCGAAGGCUUGGCGGUGAGUCUACCUUUACACGCCGCUGGAUUUAGUUUGGGGAAAAGCUUUUGGUAUGGGCAGUUGUCCGGUAUGGUGGAACCUAUAUUUGGAGUGCUUGGUGCAGUAGCCGUUAGUCUUGCGACUAUCAUACUUCCAUAUGCGCUAUCUUUUGCUGCCGGUGCCAUGAUCUACAUUGUAGCGGAUGAUAUUUUGCCAGAAGCACAUGCAAGCGAUAAUGGACUUAUAGCUACUUGGGGCACGAUUGCCGGCUUUGUAGUGAUGAUGUGUUUAGAUGUAGGACUCGGAUAGAAUGGACAUUCGGAUUAUGAAUCUGGAACCAUCUGGAUGGUUCCUUGCGAAUGAUCGUAGCGCCACGAUUGAUCGAGCCAGUGUCUAUUAGAUGAUACUUGAUUAAGUAUUAAACCUUAACGUGAAAAUUCUUUGUUAUGAUCACAUAGUGUACUAUGAAUAAGUAGUAGGACUUUGCAUAGGUUAAUUUUUAAAUUUCGACAUAAAAUACUGAAACAUCAGACAGAAACACAGUGCUUAAACGGCCAAUAAAUGCCGAAUGCCGCGGCAUGACUAUUUUAAA